AUGGCCGACCUUACAACUGAACAAAAAGUGUUCUUGAUCGAAAAAUAUUACACAAGUGGUAAAUCUAAGACUGCCGCUCGACGGGCACUACAGACCAAAUAUCCUGAUGAAAGUUUGAUGUCUGAGUCUACAAUCAGCAGAGUAAUAGAUAGAUUUUUGGCUCAUGGAACGCUUCACGACCGAAGGGAAGACAAUGAAGGAAGACCAAAUGAAGUGACCACUCCAGAGAGUUUGGACCAAAUUGAAGCUUAUUUCACUGCAAAUCCCCAUGCAUCAAUAAGACAUGCCUCACAGGAGCUCGGCAUCAAUCGAGAAUCAAUGAGAUUAAUCCUACGAAGGUUCUUAAAAUGGCAUCCUUACAAGAUUUGGAUUGGACAAGCACUCACUCAAGAGGCCAUGACCAAACGUGUUGCUUUCUGUGCUCAGAUGGGGGAAGUGGGUCGAACUGGUGUAAUACAAGCGAAUAAGAUCAUUUUGAGUGAUGAAGCACAUUUUCAUUUAGAUGGAUAUGUUAAUAAACAAAAUUUUCGUCACUGGGGAAAGGAGAACCCACAGGCCCUCGAUUCGCAGCCAUUGCACCCGCAAAGGUUGACAGCAUGA